GUCAAGCCCCGCUUCGCCGAGCCAGGCCAGGCCUCGGGUCCCGCUCCCCUUCCGCCCAGCCCCCGCGCGGCCCGCCACCCUGGAAGAUGCUGCCUUUGUCCAUCAAGGACGACGAGUACAAGCCGCCCAGGCUCAACCUGCUCCGAAAGGUCUCGGGCUGGUUCAGGUCGAUCCUGUCGGACAAGACGUCAAGAAAUCUCUUCUUUUUCCUCUGCCUCAACCUCUCCUUUGCCUUCGUGGAGCUGCUGUAUGGCAUCUGGAGCAACAGUUUAGGUCUAAUAUCAGAUUCUUUUCAUAUGUUCUUUGACUGCACUGCUCUGUUAGCUGGACUGGCAGCAUCAGUAAUUUCAAAGUGGAGAUCAAAUGAUGCCUUUUCUUAUGGGUAUGUUCGAGCAGAAGUACUAGCUGGCUUUGUCAACGGUCUGUUUCUGAUCUUCACAGCCUUCUUCAUUUUCUCUGAAGGUGUUGAGAGAGCCCUUGAACCUCCUGACGUUCAUCAUGAAAGACUUCUUCCAGUUUCUAUACUCGGCUUCCUUGUAAACCUGAUAGGAAUUUUUGUGUUCCAACACGGAGGACACGGCCACUCUCAUGGUUCUGGGCAUGAGCAUAGCCAUUCCCUGUUUAACGGGGCUCUAAGCCAUGGACACAGUCAUGGAGGACACGGGCACAGCCAUGAUUCCAAGCAUGGGCAUGGACAUGGACAUUCUCAUGAUCACAGCCAUGGACAUGGGGAUUCUCAGAGUCAAGAUUACUGCCAUGAUAAUCAUCCCAUUGAAUUGGCUGCAGGAUCCAGCAAACAGAUUUUAGAAGGUGUAUUUUUACAUAUUGUUGCCGACACACUCGGAAGUGUUGGUGUAAUCAUAUCUGCGUUACUGAUGCAGAACUACGGUUUAAUGAUAGCUGAUCCUAUCUGUUCGAUGCUGAUAGCUAUGCUUAUAGGAGUAAGUGUCGUUCCACUUCUGAGAGAGUCCAUUGGAAUUUUGAUGCAGCGAACUCCACCUUCCCUGGAAAGCGGUCUGCCUCAAUGCUAUCAAAGAGUUCAGCAGUUGCAAGGAGUUUACAGUUUACACGACCCUCAUUUCUGGACCCUUUGUACUGAUGUUUACAUAGGGACUUUGAAACUGUUUGUAGCUCCAGAUGCUGACGCAAAAUGGAUUCUAAGCCAGACUCACAACAUUUUUACUCAGGCUGGAGUGAGGCAGCUUUACGUUCAGAUUGACUUUGCCGCUAUGUAGCAAAUAUCUUGACCGUCUCGGUUGGACCAAAGCUUUCUAGUACUGUCAUGUUUUAAAAGACACUGUACUUCCUUUGGAACAGAGACCCGCUCCCGUCUUCUCUAUGGUUGUCCAAAACUGAACAGACUGCUGCCUUGUGGGCUAGAAAAAGAGAGGAAAAAUUGAAAAACUGCAUGGCCAUGGACUACCUGGGAUUGACUUUCAUGAGCUCCAAACCUCUGCGGAUUUACUUGCCAAGUUUGUUCCUGCAGCAAACUUAAUGAUAAUGUGGUAUUGCAAUCAUUGGUUUUGCUUUUUGUGAAGCUGCUGGAAGUUAUUGCUCAUUCCCAGAAAGCCAGUGUUAACUACGGGGAGGGUGGGUAGAAAAUAAAUUUAUAUUUUUUUCUUAAAUGUCAAAGUGGUUGACAUUCUACAAUGCUUAAGACUGUUUGUACUUUGCAAACUUAACGAACCAAACCAUAUUGGGUUUUCAGAGUGCCUUUUCCGUCAAAGUAUCUGCCAGCACAGAUAUUGAACAUCGGGGAUUUUUAAUAAUUUUUAUGGCUACUACUUGUACCCAAUAGGACUCUUGCUUGUGAUUGGUGUGAUUUAUGUGUAAUUGCAUAAUGGUAGAUAUUAGACUCCCUCUUACUGUUACAUUUUUAAACUUCCAAGGAGGUGAUUCUUCAAUUUUACAAUACAAAGAUAAAAUGAU